AUGUCAUUUCAUGGUUCGAGAAGGUAUUGUCUUAGGCACAAGGUAUUGAGCAAGGGAAUAGAAGUUGAGAAGGUGAAAAUUGAAGCGAUUGAAAAAUUGCCACCACUCAUUUCAAUUCGGAGAGUGUGCAGUUUUCUUGGGCAUGCAGUCUUUUAUAGACGGUUCAUCAAAGAUUUCUCUAAAGUUGCUAAUCUGAUGGGCAAGCUGUUAGAGAAAGAUGUGAAGCUUGUGUUCAAUGAAGCCUGUCUGAAGGCUUUUGAUGAGUUGAAGAAGCGGUUAGUGUCUGCUCUUAUUAUCAUCGCACCCGAUUGGUCUCUGCCGUUUAUUUUGAUGUUUGAUGCAAGUGAUUUUGCUGUGGGAGCUGUCCUUGAGUUUGACAUUGAGAUUCUUGAUCGGAAGAGCACAGAAAAUCAAGUGGCAGACCACUUAUCAAGAUUGGAAGAUCGAGAACAUGUAGAUGAAGAAGUGGUGAUUAGGGAGACUUUUCCUGAUGAACAACUUUUUGCUCUUUACUGCCAGAGAACCAGAAAUAUCUCCACGCGUCAUGAAAUGCCUUUGAAAGGCAUCUUAGAGAUUGAAAUAUUUGACGUGUGGGGUAUCGACUUCAUGGGCCCCUUCAUCCCGUCCAAGGGGAAUAAGUACAUAUUGGUUGUUGUUGACUAUGCCUCAAAGUGGGUGGAAGUCGUUGCACUUCUCACCAAUGAUGCUAGUGUGGUAGCAAUAUUUCUGAAGAAAAAUAUAUUCACAAGAUUUGGAACCCCGAGAGCCAUCAUCAGCUAUCAAGAUACGCACUUUUGCAACCGGCUUUUUGAUAAAUUGUUGCUCAAGUAUGGGGUGAAACACAAGCUCGAUGAUGCUAUGUGGGCAUACAGAACAACCAACAAAACUCCUACUGGCACAUUCCCUUAUAAGCUCGUCUUUGGUAAGGAAUGUCAUCUACCGGUUGAGCUUGAGCAUAGAGCGUAUUGGGUGAUAAAGAAGCUGAAUUUAGACAUGGUACAAGCUGGAAAAAAUAGAUUGUUGCAAUUGCAUGAGUUGGAUGAAUUUCGCUAUCAUGCAUAUGAGAACGCGAAGAUGUACAAAGAGCGGACAAAGAGACUUCAUGACAAGCGUAUCCAACUUCAUGAGUUUGAGCCUCGGCAGUUAGCCUUGUUGUAUAAUUCCCGGGUGAAGGUUUUCGGCGGGAAGUUGAAGAGUAAGUGGUCCGGGCCCUUUCAGAUAGUGCGUGUGACAGUAAAUGGAGCAGUUGAGUUAAAGCCGCUGAAUUCUGACGAGUCGUUCUUGGUGAAUGGGCAGCGAGUGAAGCACUACUUUGGAGAGGUCAUUGAUUGGGAGAAGACCUCGGUGGAACUAGAAGAGGCUUGA